AUGCAUAGCCAUAUGUUCACACCUCUCAGCACUACAGCAUUGUCAGGCGGCACCACGACUGCAUCAAAGCCACCUAAACCAUACCCGCCCACACUCAAGGUCGCGCGCGUUGACUUCCUCGGUGAUGUGCACAGCGCCACGACCUAUGUGAAGCGAGACCUCGGCUUUCAGGGCCAACUGGGUGCGUACGUCCUGCUGAGCUACGGAGACACCCUGUACAGCGAUACCGAGUACAGCGACACAUGGCGUGGGAUGACCAGCGACUCUGUGGCGCUGGCGACGCACGACCCCCUCGUCGUUCUCGACCCUCUUCUCAACGAGAACGGAUAUGCGCAGCAGUUCUGCCCACUGGACGCCUCGCGGGGCGAGAUCCCAUCGGAGCACUCGCUGGGCAUCACCAACGUCGUCUCGACCGCCGCAUUCACCGGUGUGGACGCCCCGGCCAGCCCCGAUGGUGACACCUCGGGCGUCAUGUUUUUUCUCCUCAACCACCGUCCGGGCGGGAUCAACCACAUCCUCGGCGCCGGCGUGGCAACCGUGGCACUCAACACAGCGACGUACCCGCCCACACCACGGAUCCAGCGUCUCCCUGCCCCAGCGUCCCAGCAACAGCAGCAGCGGCAUCAGUACUGGUGGGAUGGCGCAACGGAGCCCUGGUACGGCGACAUCUGCGCGUUCCGGUGGGGACAGUACAUCUACGCCUACGGCCACGGCGGCGAGGGCAACCCUUGGAUCUAUGUUGCGCGUGCGCCUGCCGCAGAGGCCACCCGGCUUGAAAGCUACGACUAUUGGAACGGGGACGGCUGGCAGCGCGAACGACUACAGAAGAGCGCGAUCGGCGAGAAAGAGAGCGUCUUUUGGCAAAUCAAUCAGGGCCAGGUAGUCUUCUCGGAAUAUUUUGGCUGUUUCUUUUUCAUCUAUUGCGACAACUUCAUGAACUCGCGCGUCCAUCUGAAAACAUCCCAGCGUCCCGAAGGCCCAUGGUCCGAACCGCCCAUCAUGUUGUACCAAGCAACACCGCUGCUUCCGGUAGAAGAGCGCGGCUGUAUCUACGCGGCCGUACCGCAUCCGUACUUUGACGAGUCUGGCAAGACGUUGGUUGUUUCGUUCACGAACCAUCCGAACACGAUCCAGGCAGUUAGAAUCGUCUUCGAAUAG